AUGUCAGCUGGCUCCCCUCCCUCCUCCUUCAGCUCUUCUGACGAGGAGCUGGAGGAAGAGCUGCUGGGGGCCCUGCCCGCCCGAGCCCCCAGCGGGGCCGCCUGCGGCGCCCUGGACUGGUCCAGCUUCGACAAGGACCACGACCCCUUCCCACGGGGAGGCUCCUCACACUUCGAGUUCCCGGACUAUUGCACGCCCGAGGUGACGGAGAUGAUCGCAGGGGACUGGCUCAUGUCCAGCAUCUCGGACUUGGUCUUUACCUACUGA